GUUUCGUGCAUUAUGCACUUCGUGAAAUGUAGCAUUUUUGAGGUGUGAAAUUGUCAAGACCUGUCAUACCCGUGCAGAAAUUGCACAUUCUUUUAGCAGUAAUCCAUGAGGUCAGGAAGGGGACGGAAUUACUUUAUCGUCGCCCUCGUCGGCCGCUGUGACAUAUCGCGGAUCCUGCCCAGCGAACGAGAAGGCGCUUAUAACGCAUUCAGAUACUGUCUUGUUUGGCUUAAGAAGCUUAAUCCCCAUACGGUGAGUGGAGUCUUGCGUGUGUAUAAACAGUGCACGCAUGACAGGAUUCAGUAACCCAGCUUAGGUUAUUCUUCACUGUGAAUGGACCGAGUCACAAGUACCGUAGAGCAUUGACGUUUUGCUGCAUCUCGAUUACUGUGCCCCCCCAUCGCUAUACUGUAAAGAAACAGACAAAACGAUCGUCUUCGCACACUUCCUUGGAGCGGUUUCACCUACAGUUCUUUGCCAUCUUGAUCGAGCCAGGACUGGGGGCCGUUAAGAUGAGACGACUCGAGGAUGCAUCUGCCUUUGGAAUAGUGGGAGUGUUCCUCCUCGUCCUAGCGCACGCAGUCCAGUUUGGUCUGUCUGCACCGUCGGGUAAUAAGGAAUGGACGGUCACUGCUAACCAGCACUCCAAGAAGUAUCAGGUGCUGCACUCGAUUCGCGAGAGACGGCAGUCCGCGGGAGGAAGAGGGGUCGAUGUACAGUUGUUCCAGGUGGAGACCAAGAUAGCUGUCCGCUUCGCCAGCACCACCAUUACCAGCCGUAUCAACAACAAGGCUAGCGACUCCCAGCCGUUUGACUUCGUGAUGCAGCUGCCGACCCGCGCUUACAUCGCCAACUUCUCCAUGGAGGUGGACGGUGUGACAUUCUACGGCAAAGUUAGAGAUCAGUGUGAAGGAGAGGACGAGAACACGUUUGAUGCGUCUGGCAGCCUGUCCACCGGUCGAAUAACUGCGCUGGAUCCUACCAGAAACACGUUCAUAGUGACGAUCAACGUGGCAUCCGGGGACAGGGUGGGUGUCGUGGUGAACUACCAGGAACUACUGGAGAGGAGUCAGGGAUGGUACACCCAGAAGAUAAGCGUGAAUCCCCAACAGACGGUUAGAGAUUUCAGCAUCAAGGCCUACAUCACCGAACCGCAAGGGAUCAGUAGAUCAGAAGCCGGCAUCAUGCAGGUAACUGGAGGGGGCUCGGGCUCUGGCGGAGGACUGGGUACUCUGGCCGGCGCCGACACCACCUACCUCUCGCUGGACGAGUACCUCAGCAAGAGCGGCAAGUCGCAGGUCGGCCUGGAGUUCACGCCCAGUAGGCGGGAGCAGCAGAACUUCGCCGGCCAGCCCUCGGGACUAAACGGGGACUUCAUCCUGAAAUACGACGUGAGACACGAAUUGGACGUUGGAGACGUGCAGACUUUUGGAGAUGUCUUCGUCCAUCACUUCUCCCCCGGCGGCCUCAGUCCCAUUCGUAAGACCGUGGCAUUCGUCAUCGACGUCAGCGGGUCUAUGUACGGUCUCAAGCUGAGACAAACCAAGGAGGGUCUGGCGACCAUCAUGGACCAGAUGAGACCCAGCGAUCGGUUCAAUAUCAUCCCAUUUUCAGAUGAGGUUUAUUUCUGGAGGGAGGACGAAAUGGUUGAGGCAUCGUCCACAAAUAUCAACAAAGCCAAGGCUUACAUCAGCGGUCUCGAAUCGAAAACUGGUACGAACCUGAACGACGCCAUGAUGGACGGACUGAACCAGCUCCGUGUGGCCGGCGCCAUGGACCCUAUCUCGGCCAACAACCCGGGUAUCUGCAUCCUCUUUGUGCUGACAGACGGUGUACCGUCCAAGGGCGUGACCAACCCCCGCACCAUCGAGCAGAACGUCCAGAGUAGCAACCAGGGCAAGUGCUCGGUGGUGACCCUGGGCUUCGGCGCCGAUGUGGACGACAAUUUCCUGGCCCGUCUGGCUCUUGGGAACUCCGGCGUAAACCGGAAAAUUGUUGAAGAUUCCGACGCUUCUGAGCAGCUCAUUGGCGUGUACGAUGAGGUUGCCACGCCUCUCUUGGCCAACGUCGCCAUUGAGUACAUGGGCAAUGUCGUCAGCGAGGAGUCGCUGACCCAGACCUUCUUCCAAAACUACUUCGAGGGCUCGGAGUUUGCCGUCAGCGGCCGCCUGGCCAACCUCCUGGCGGCAAACUUGCCCAUCAGAAUCACUGCUAUCAGUGCCACCGGGGAGUUAACCAUUGAGGAGUAUGUGCCGAUAGGUGACACAAAACCAGCGGUCCUGAUUAACUCUGAGAACGUACCGGAGGGCUUUGCCGAGCGCACGGCCGCCUUCAUUUCCCUGGCCCAGCUCUUCAACCAGUACACGGUGUCCAACGAUGCCAACGAGCAGCGAGUGAUCAUAGCCAAGGCGCUGGAGUUGUCCCAACGGUACAACCUGCUGACUCCGCUCAUGACCAUGACAUUCGUGGACUCGCCCCCAGCGGCAACGGGCGAGGACAGCGGCGGCAGCGGUGGCAACACCGUGGCCGUUCCACCGGGGCUGCAGUGGGGCAUCCAAGGACCUGUGUACGGGCAGCGAGGCAAGAGCGACAGCACUUUUGGGAUUGGUGGCAGCGCGUGUAUUGAUCCAAACACAGGCACAACUCCUGAGAUUUUAAUAAACAUCGGGAGACUACACAUCAACUCUUUCAUCACCGACCGGUAUGCCAGGACCACUCUGAACGGUGCGGUAACCAACCGUGCAACCGAUCGGCAAGACGUGCCCUUCACGCUCCACAUUCCACCCGGUGCUUUCAUUUCGGAAUUCUCCCUAGAGCUGAAUGGGAAGACUUACACCGGCAAAGUGGACGACAUUCGGAACACAGAUUGGCAAUUGGCGUUUGCGUCCAACACAGACGGGCGACAGGUUGCGCUGGUGACUAAGCGAGACCCUACUAAGGACACCUUCACCAUGCGUGUCUUGGGCGUGGCUCCCCAGACUACUGUGACCUUCAUCCUGACUUAUGACGAGCUGCUGGAGAGGAGGCGGGGCGUCUUCGAGCACCGGCUCAAUCUCUGGCCGGGCCAGGCCGUGGAGGAUCUCCAGUUGGACAUCUACAUCACCGAGCCCCAGGGAAUCAGCGACAUGGACCUCAAGUACGUCCCACGUGUGUCCGAAACCGACGAGGAAAAUCUGCAGAGCUUGAUUCGGCGUAGCAGUGACUACAGGGCCCACGCACACUUCGCCCCGUCGGUUGAGGAUCAGGUAACAUACACGCCUGACGGAAUGGCCGGUGAUGUGGUCUUGGAAUAUGACGUCAUCCACACCAGAGAAGGAAGUUAUAUAGAGGUCCAAGACGGCUACUUCACCCAUUUCUUCUCACCGACGACCCUCCAACAUGCUGCAAAGCACGUCGUCUUCGUCAUCGACGUGAGCGGUUCCAUGGUCGGCACCAAGCUCCGCCAGGUCAAGGAGGCCCUCAAGAUCAUCCUGGACGAUCUCGGCCCCAGGGAUCGCUUCAACAUCUUGGUCUUCUCUGAUGCUGUGCAGUACUGGAGGCGCAACGUGCUGGUCCAGGCCACGCGGAGGAACAUCAACGAUGCCAAACUGUUUGUGGAUGAUCUGAUAGACCAAGGAGAAACCAACCUUGGUGAGGCCAUCAUUCAAGCUGACAACCUCUUGGACCUGCAGUCAGGCUCCUUCGGCGAGGACCAAAAUUAUCUCUCCAUGAUGUAUGUGUUGACUGAUGGCCAGCCGACCAUCGGUAUCACGGAUCCAGACAAGCUCGUCCGUGCUGUCAACGCGGCCCUGAACAGGGAGCACGCCCUGUUCUGCCUGGGCUUUGGCCGCAACGUCUCCUUCGACCUCCUGGUCCAGCUGGGGCUCCAGAACCGCGGCAACACCCGGCGGAUCCACGAGACAGCCGACGCCAGCGAGCAGCUGCAGCGGUUUUAUUUCGAGGUGUCCCGGCCUGUCAUCUUCGACGUGGAGAUGAUGUACGAGUCUGGGGUGUCCAACCCGGACGACCUGACAAUGUGGCGGUUCCCGUACUACUUUGACGGAUCGGAGGUGUCCGUGUCUGGGAAACUCUACGAGAAUCCGAGCUCAACUACACUUGAAGGCAAUGUGCAUGGACAGACUGCGACGGGAGAGUUGUAUCGCAAUACUAGAAAGGACAUAAGGAUCACAGCCCCGGAACUCAGCCAGGACCAUACCGUACCAAAGGUCGUGGAGCGCAUCUGGGUGAUGAAGACCAUCCAGGACUUGAUCAACCAGUACGCCAUCACGGAGAACCCCGCCGCACGCCGGGCGCUGGCUGACAGAAUCGCGCUUCUCGCUACAAGGUACAAUUUUGUGACUCCACUCACCCCGAUGUUAUUGACGGACCCUGACGAUGACCGGCCCAUCACGGAUAACAGCCUCCCCCCACCGUCCAUCCUGCAUACCGGCACCACAAUGGAUAUCCUCCGCAGUCUGCUGGAAGAUCUACCCGGAAAGCAAACAAUUCCGGGUGUUGACCCACGACCAGAUAAAUUCAGCAUUGCCACCGAAAGUUCUGAUGACAUUGACACCAAGAGCUUGACUGUCAACUCCCAGAUCGUGCUGCGAUUUGCCACAACCACCGUCAGUUCCACCAUGGAGAACACGGGUAGCAAGGCAGGAUGGGCCGUGUUCAAACAGAAGAUUCCACAUCAGGCAUUCAUCACCAACUUCACAUUGACUUCGAAUGGUAGAAGUUAUCAAGGAGUUGCUGAUGAAAAGAGCCAGAAUGUGACACUUCAGCAACGAGGUGAUCUGGAAUUUGCCCGCGGAGGUGGUUUUAUUACCGAGCUAGACCCAGAGAGUAAAGUCUUCGUCACAUCAGUUAACCUUCAGCCUAGCAUUACGGCGGAGUUUUCACUCACUUAUCAAAUUCUGUUACCACGACGAAGGGGCAUGUACAAGCAGCAACUUGGCUUGUAUCCUGGACAGGUUGUUGACAACUUACAAGUGGACGUCAGCAUCACCGAGCCCCAGGGCGUGCACGCCGCCAACGCCUACCUGAAGGACCGAUCAUUGGCGGACGGCCGCGCUCAACAUUUACUGCAGCCCAUGACACGGGUCGGCGACAGCAAGCAGCGGGUUGCGUACCGGCCGUCACGGCAGGACCAGCAGAAACUGAGCGGAGAUGGCAUCAUGGGAGAUUUUGUGGUUGAGUAUGAUGUCAAUCACUCCAACAACGCUGGGGACAUUAAGGUCCUGAAUGACUACUUUGUUCAGUUUUUCUCCCCGAGCGGCCUGUCCGUGCUCCGCAAGCACGUCAUCUUCGUCAUCGACACCAGCAGCUCCAUGGAGGGCGUCAAGCUGGCGCAGGUCAAGGCGGCCCUCAAGACAAUCCUGGACGAGAUCUCCCCGGGAGACAAGUUCAACAUCCUACCCUUCUCCAACCAGGUGGAGUUCCUGGACCGCUACCGGAUGGUGGAGGCCUCCAAGGCCAACGUGGAGUAUUCCAAGUCGUACGUCGAUGACCUGCAAGAGGUGGAUGCCACCAACUUGAACCGAGCCAUCCUAGAAGGUGUCAACAUGCUAAGACGGGAGGGUGAGAAGCUACGUGGGGAGGAGAAAGUCAUCUCCAUGCUGAUCGUGCUGACGGACGGUGAGCCCACCUACGGCGAGACGGACACCCAGGAGAUCGAACGCAACGUCCAGGACGCCAUCAACGGCGACUACUCGCUAUUCUGCCUGGCCUUUGGCGAGGAUGCCGACUUCGCGUUCCUGAACCGGCUGGCCCUCAACAACCACGGCGUGGCCCGCCGGAUACCGGAGAGGGCGGAUACCAGCAUCCUCCUUCAGGGCUUCUACGACGAGGUGGCCACGCCCCUUCUAUAUGAUGUCCAGUUCUACUACUCGGAGGGUGUGGUCCCGAACACGCUUAGUGAGCGGUUCUUCCCUAACUACUUCAACGGGUCAGAGAUUGUUGUGGUGGGAAAAUUGGACGAAACACGGCUGUCCAGUCACGUCCUUCGGUCUUUUGUUUACGGGAAGACAGCAAGCGAGGAAAUCUCUCUCGCUUCAGAUACGAACACGAUUGUCCCCUCGCGCGUUCUGUUGGACCCAUCCAUCCCCAGGGAUCUGAUCGAGCGCAUCUGGGCCUACAUCAUGAUUCAGACCCUCCAGCGCAAGCGGGCCCUCACCGAGACCCCCAGCCCGGGCAUCCAGCGCGACCUGACCGACACGUCCCUCCGCUACGCCUAUCUCAACCCGUACACACGGAUGACCGUCGGGGAGGUGCACGGAGCUGCCCGGGGCCCGCCGGCCAUGCGGGUCUGGGACCGGUCGCUGCCGUCUGAGGUCCAAGACAAGCUGAGCGUGGAGCUGAGCCCGCUGCCCAAGCCCGUCGAGCCGGAGCAGCCUACCACUCCCAAGGGAACUGGCGACGGAGGAAACGGUACAACAGGUGUUGAUGGAGACCCCCACUUUGUUAUUAACCUCCCAAAAAGCAACCUAUCGUUAUGCUUUGACAUUAACGGUGAGGCCGGUGAUGUAUUCAGCUUAAUCAAGGACAAAAGAAGAGGUUUGUUCAUCAAUGGUAGAAUUAUUGCUAAGCCCCCUCCAAAGAAAGGAAAGCAGCAACAGCAGAAAAAACUAAAGACACGAACCUACAUCGGCGAGAUAGGCGGCGUCUACUCGCCACCGCAGGGAGGUAGCGAGUACGAGAUGUGGUUCAACCCCACCGCUAUCACCGUCAACGCAAACCACACGCUGCCGUGGGGCAGCAAGCGCACCCUGCAGCUGGGCCCGCUCCGCGUCAAGCUGAACGGCCGGCUGGCCGUCGUCGCGCUGAGGAAGGGGAUCGAGUUCACCGUGAUUCGGCACAAGAUGCCACCAACCAACACAGAGAAGCCCAGCUUCAUGGGCUUCUUCCUGAACGACGGCCGUGGGUUGUCGGACGGAGCUCAGGGACUCAUCGGACAGUUUCAACACGCCAAAGUACAUUUAUCAGCAACCGACAGCGGCCGGGGUAGCAGCGGGAGUAGGAGGGGACAGCCGGCGGGCCGGCAGGGUGAGAUCACGAUCCGCGGGCGGCGCAUCAGCGUUCACGCUGGGUCGCGGAACAACGACGUCCGCAAGCGGCGCGUGGACUGCUGGAUGGCGGCACACGACAGUGCCGAGGGCAUCAUCAAAGGCCACUACACAGAUUACCUCAUGUCUGAUCUGUUUGGGACCAUGUAAGGCCACCUUUUCGUACGCACCUGUUUGGUCCGUUCCGUAUCUGCAUUCGUUUGCAGCAUUUCACUAUCCCCCCAUGUAAUUUCAGUGAACUUUGUCUGCAACUUGUUCACACAGACAGGAGGUACACUGAAAAUGCAUAAAAUUGAAAAUGUGCCUUAAGCUGGCAGACUUGAUGCUGUUUUAAGUGGGCAGAAUACAAGAGGGUUCCAGUUUCUUUGUUUUUGAAAACGAAAGAUACAGAACCCCACAUACACAUGUACACCCAAUCGCUUGUGGAGCUGGGCUUGAGUACAUGUAUCAUGAAUUGUUAAGUGGGUGGGUGGGUGGGGGGAUUCCGGUCCUAUACCCCAUGACAAAGCCUGGGUGCGCCACAGAUGUCAGACGUCCUUGUGCUGUAAGCUGUACUGAACUUAUUUUUAAUUGAACUGUGACCAAGUAAUGUAAUUCUUGUUAAAUAUGUAUACCUACAUGCUUUUAUUUUUAUGAACUUCUUUGAUCUGGAUAUUUACGCAAUACCUUACCAAUCAAGUUUAAAUGUGGAUCAUUCUAUAAAUUUGGGGUGCUUUUAUUUCACAUAUGUCCCGGUGCUUAUCCCAACCCAUCAGAGAGUACAUCUGCGUAGAAAACCGUGUAUCUUGCAUGUAUAAUACAGUUAGCAGAUCUUUCACGUCAACAUCUGGUAGUUUAAUGCACAUGUACACUGAACAUUUUUUUAUACAAAUAAAUGUAAAUUUUUAUAUAUUUUUGUACUGGUGAUGAUUUUUACAUUUAGAGUUUUAAGCGACCAAACUUUCUGCAACAUCUUUCAUUCUAACUUUUCUUAUACGCUAUUACUCCUGUACAGAGAACAAUGUACAUACGAUCAUAAGCCCGAGUGACAUUGGUGAUUGGUGACGAAAAAAUCACAGAAUCUCCCGAACUAACCAUGUUAAAUUUGAAAAUUUAAAACUGCAUACUUUCAAGAUAUACAUGUAAGAUGUCAAACUCCAAAGUAGUAUUUGUUAAAUGCAAAUAGCAUA